UUCCACUACUACAUUAGCUCCAACGUCCUCUGAAGCUCAAAGUACAACAGCGCAGACCACAGUGCCUCUUGUAACCACAACUACUGAAGCUGUCACAACCACAAAUGUUAGUCCAGAAACCUCAACUGUUCUUUCAACAACAAUUUCUACAACUUUAGAAACUUCAACUGCACCUCCCAUGACCACAACUACAGCUGAACUCACAACAACUCAAGCUCCCACAACCACAGUUGUCAGUACUGAAACAACACAUGUUACUUCAACAGUGGUGCCUACAACUUCAGAAAGUACAACAGCAGAAACUACAGCUACAGCUUCAACAACCACAACUUCAUCUCCCACUACUGCAACAUCAGCUCCAACUUCAUCUGAAUCUCCAACUGCAACAACAGUUAUAACUUCAGAAACAACAACACUUGCUUCGACAACAAGACUUGCUUCGACAACAAUGCCUACAAUUUCAGAAACAACAAUUGCAACUGAAACAACAAAUGCAGCAUCCACAACCCCUACUGAUCUUUCAACUACUACAUUAGCUCCAACGUCCUCUGAAGCUCAAAGUACAACAGCGCAGACCACAGUGCCUCUUCUAACCACAACUACUGAAACUGUCACAACCACAAAUGUUAGUCCAGAAACCUCAACUGUUCUUUCAACAACAAUUUCUACAACUUCAGAAACUUCAACUGCACCUCCUACGACCACAACUACAGCUGAACCCACAACAUCUCUUGACCUCACAACAACUCAAGCUCCCACAACCACAGUUGUUAGUACUGAAACAACACCUGUUACUUCAACAGUGGUGCCUACAACUUCAGAAAGUACAACAGCAGAAACUACAGUUACAGCUUCAACAACUACAACUUCAUCUCCCACUACUACAACAUCAGCUCCAACUUCAUCUGAAUCUCCAGCUGCAGCAACAGUUGUAACUUCAGAAACCACAACACUUGCUUCGACAACAAUUUCUACAACUUCAGAAACAACAACUGCAAUUGAAACAACAAAUGCAGCAUCCACAACCCCUACUGAUCUUUCAACUACUACAUUAGCUCCAACGUCCUCUGAAGCUCAAAGUAUUACAGCGCAGACCACAGUGCCUCUUGUAACCACAACUACUGAAACUGUCACAACCACAAAUGUUAGUCCAGAAACCUCAACUGUUAUUUCAACAACAAUUUCUACAACUUCAGAAACCUCAACUGCACCUCCUACAACCACAACUACAGCUGAACCCACAACAUCUCUUGACCUCACAACAACUCAAGCUCCCACAACCACAGUUUACAACAGCAGAAACUACAGCUACAACUUCAACAACCAUAACUUCAUCUCCCACUACUACAACAUCAGCUCCAACCUCAUCGAAAGCUCCAAGUACAGCAACAGCUGA